AUGCUAAUUAGAAAUAACAUUUUAUUGUUUUCAAUAUUGUUAACUUUAUUACAAUGUUGCUUUUCGGAAUUUAUAACCAUGUCUAUACUCGGUGCCUCUGCUAUAGCUAGCUGGUACAAAUGGAGUACGAUAAAAGAUAAUACGUAUUGUCGGUAUGUGAAUGUUGCAAUGAUCAGCAUGUGCCUUUCGAUAUUAAUAAGUUAAAACAAACUUUAUCACAAAAAAUGUUUGGACAACCUUUAGUGGAUGAGUUGGUUAAUAUAUUACAUGCACAUAAGGAGGCUGUAAAUGAUCCAAACAAAAGUAACAAAAAGGCUCUAGUGAUAAGCCUUCAUGGAUGGCCUGGUGUAGGUAAAAAUUAUGCAGCUACUAUGAUAGCUGAGGCACUUUAUGUUAAAGGUAUGCACAGUAAAUAUGUCAAGCUAUAUAUGGGAAAAAAAGAUUUUGACUGCUCUAAUUUGCAGCAGAAAAAAGAAGAUUUGGUGGCUACUUUAAAUAGUAUUGUAAAAAAAUGUCCAAAAUCACUAAUUAUAUUUGAUGAGAUUCAUGAUAUGUGUCCUUCAGUAUUGGAUACCAUUAAACCAAUGCUUGAUCAUCAUCAUGCUGUAGAUGGCAUUGAUUAUAGAGAUAGUAUAUUUAUAUUCAUAUCAAAUAUUGGAGGUCAAGAAAUAGCAACAAAGUUGUUGGAACUCUAUGAUCAAGGUGCAAAGCGGAAUGAUGUUGAAUUUCAUGACUUUGAGCCAAUUAUAAGAAGGACAGCAUAUUUCCAAGGUGGGUUUGAAAAGGCUGCUGCAAUAGCCAAUCACUUAAUAGAUCAUUAUGUGCCAUUUUUACCACUGGAGCAGCAACAUGUGGAAAUGUGUGCUCUAGCCGAGUUUAGAUCUCAUGCCAUAUACCACCCAACAAAGGAAAUGAUGGCGGAAGCUUUAUCAGUUAUAACAUAUGGCCCUAAUGAAGAUCAGCCAAUAUUUGCAAAUAAUGGGUGCAAGCGGUUUACAAGACACAUUCCUUAUGUAAUACAGAAGAAUAAACAGAAGACAGAGUUAUAA